AUCGACACCUUCCGUCGAGACACCGCGCGGCCUGUUUACGUUUCUCUCCGCGGCUGGAGGACAAGGGGAACGCGACAGACUCUCACCGGUCGUUCACGAUACAUCGACAACGCUCGUCGGACGCCGGAACGUUUGAACCUCGCGAAAAACGCGCGUCUAUUUACUUCCGUUGGUGACCGGAGUGAUGGCCGGGGGUUUCCCCGAUGUACGUAAUGCGCGAGAUAAAUCGCACUGCGAGAAUCACACACCGCGCUCGUGAAAGAAGCCACAAGGCUCGUCGUACGCGAAUCGGCCCGCGCGUUUCGUUGAAAAGGAUGAGCCUCGCAUCGGAUUAACCGAACGGUACCGGCGAUUGUGGUCCAGCCAGUUUGUCCACCGUUCGCGAGACGUCCGUCCGAUCAAUCAACAGCCUCGUCAACGGUGAUCAUCCAUGCGACCUGAGCUACGCGACGAAAGCGGCUUCUCGAAAUCCGGCCGGAGAACGUCCGAAAGUGCGGUGAGGAUGAGUCCACCUUGAUCCGUCGAGCAUGACUUCUACAAUGGGACUGCAGCAGCAGGCUGCGUCCCAGGACACAGUGGACUUCGCCGGUUACCUUCAAUCCGCACAGUGCCAUCAUGGAAAUCAGGCGGAAGGGCAGGUGCAGAGCUGUCAGAAAUCGCCACAUCGUGAGCACAAUAGCAGCUUCACCAGCACGAAGGGUCUGCUCAACGGGCCCGGGCAGAACAAUUGUUUCCUCAACAGUGCCGUACAAGUCUUAUGGCACCUCGAUAUCUUUCGACGGAGUUUCCGAGAGCUUUCCGGACACGCUUGCAUGCGAGAGUCGUGUAUCUUCUGUGCACUUAAGGACCUGUUCUCGCAGCUGCAGUUUUCGCAAGAGAGCGCACUGCCGCCCGACACGUUGCGCCGCGCGCUCGCCGAGAGCUUUCUCGAUCAGCAGAGGUUCCAGCUCGGCUUGAUGGACGACGCUGCGGAAUGUUUCGAAAACAUCCUCUUACGCAUACACCUACAUAUCGCCAGCGGCGAGGCCGAGGAUAUGUGCAGCGCGAGGCAUUGUGUGCCGCAUCAGAAGUUCGCUAUGACGCUCGUCGAGCAAAGCGUCUGCGGGGCUUGCGGCGCAACUUCGGAGCCGCUGCCUUUUACACAAAUGGUGCACUACGUGUCCGCGUCGGCAUUGACGUCUCAGGCUCGCCAAACGUCGUCAAGCUCGCGAAACAGCCCGGAUCUCUUCGGACAACUUCUCCGAAGAGCCGGCGGGAUGGGCGACAUCCGCGACUGUCCGAGUUCCUGCGGGGCGAAGAUCCAAAUAUGCCGGACCCUGAUGAACCGGCCGGAGAUAGUUUCCGUCGGCGUCGUCUGGGACAGCGAGCGGCCGUCGUUGGAGCACAUCAUGGACGUUUUCGCGACCGUGGGCACGUCCCUCCGUCUGAGCGACGUCUUCCACAGCGUCGUGGACUCCCGAUGGGGCGCCUCCACCGUGCAUAAUCUCGUGGGAGUGGUCACCUAUUACGGGAAACACUACUCCACCUUCUUCUUUCACACGAAGCUAAAGGUAUGGAUCUACUUCGACGACGCGACCGUGAAGGAGAUCGGGCCCCGGUGGGAGCAGGUCGUGGAGAAGUGUAGGAGGGGUCGUUAUCAGCCCCUGCUGUUGCUGUACGCGACGCCGGCUGGGACCCCCGUCAAUACCGAGAACGCCCCGAAGACCGUAAUCCCUUUCCCGAACGGGAACGGCCUGAAGACGUCUCCGAAGAACAGCGUCCGCCGUUCCGUCACGCCUAGUCCGGAAAAGCCGUCCGUCAACAGCACUGCCAGGCGCGCCAUCACCCCCAAUCCCGACAACCUGCCCCAUCUUUACACGCAACGGAGCAUCUACAGCGAUUAUCAGAACCUCACCGACAUCCAGAACAACAUAUUCGGCAAUCAGGGCGCGGACGUGGUCGACGGUGAAGUGGAGUCGAAAUAUAUCAGCCGCCGGGCCGUGGAGAGCGUGAUGCAGCAGCAGAAGAAGCAGCAGAUGCAGCUGACGCGCAGCUUGAGCGCGGGUUCGGCGCCACAGGACGGCAUCAGCAUCCCCGAGCACAUGAACGUGCCCCGAAGACGGGACUCCGGCAACUGGUCGGGCGACCGGAACAGCGCCUCCUCGAGCUCGUCGACUACCAUGGACCACCCGUACCUUUACAUCGUGAACAAAAUGCAGAGGAACUCGGGCGUGCCUAAGAGCCCCACCAGCAAGUCCGGGGAACUUUCGAGCAGCAGCAGCGGCCACUACGACGCCGGCUACGACUCGUAUUCCUUGUCCUCCACGGACAGUCUUCCGCUCCAGCAGGGUCUGAAGCACAACUUGCAGCUCGCUCAAAUACCAGAGGGCUACCAGCCGUCUUCCGGCGACGACUGCGAACGACUGUGCAAGGAGACGGACGCGCUGCUGGACAAAUCCCGCGCCGCCGAGGACGCCGGCGACCUCAGUACCGCCGUGGCGCUCUGCAGCGCGGCCAGCAGCAAGGCCCGGGCGGCGAUGGACGCGCCGUACAACAACCCCCACACGAUCACGAUAGCGAGGAUGAAGCACAACACCUGCGUGAUGCGAACGAGGAGCCUGCACCGGAGGAUGCUUCAGGAACAGGCGACCGUCAACGGCGACAAGGAAGAAGGAGCACCGGAGGGCAGACACUCCCGAGAGAACAGCAAGUCGGGCCAGCAUUCGCGGCAGAGUUCGCGAGACAAGGGCAACCACUCCCGGCAGAACAGCCGGGAGCUGCUGGUGAACGCGGCGACGACGGUGGCGGACAAGCCCGCCACGAAGAGCAUCGAGAUCUACGCGACUCUGCCGAAGAAGAAGACUCUGCGCAGCAAGGCGACGGCGGUGAACGUGAUCGAGGACGAGGAAUACAUGCUGUACGACCGGCCGACGCAGCGGACGGGUCUCUUCAGCCGGGCGAAGCGCUGCGAGGACGACAAGAAGGACAAGAAGCGCGCGAGGAGCGAGGAGAGGAACAAGAACGUCUCGAAGGACUUCUCGAUUGCGCCGUCCCGUGCCUCGCCGUCGCCGAAGGGCGCGAAGCUGGAGAAGCCGAAGGAGAGCGCCGAGGUUGCCGUGAGGAGCAGCCAGCCGGGCAACGCCGAGCAGAAGCAGGGCAAGAAGCAGCACAAGAUACGCAGGAAGUUGCUGAUGGGUGGCCUGAUCAAGAGGAAGAACAGGAGCAUGCCGGACUUGCGCGAAGGGCAGGACGGCCAGGCGAGCGAGAACGCGGAGGGAGCCUCGAACACCUUGCCGAAGCAGUCGGUGGACGAUUCCAGCGUCGGGCUGAAGGGCGUCAGUGACGUCAGCCAGUCGCUGAGCGGCUACCUCUCGGAGGGACACCUGGAGUUCGCCGGGAACGCCGGCCCCGGGAACACCGGGAACCCGAACCUCGAGCGGAGCCGUCUGAUGAGGAAGAGCUUCCACGGCAGCGCCGGCAAGGUGUUGCACGUGGCGAAGGUGCCGCCGCCGCCUCCGCUGAGGACCACUUCUCAGCUUAGCAAGUCUAAGUGUUCGGGCGAAGUGCACAGCGAGCAGCAGUCCGACGCGUACCCUUUGCUGGCCGACGGUCAGUGCGCGGGAUCGAAUCAGGAUCCGAACGGCGCCUAUUGGGGCCACGUGAACAGCAACGGCCCUAACGGCGGGGCCGGCAGGAACUACGAUUACUCGUCGGAGUCGCACUCGCUGCCGUUCCUACCGUCCUACAACGAGCAGAGCGCCGGGACGAGCUACAGCAACAAGCCCAGGAUUCAGGACGACGUGGUGCAGUACGCGAACGGCAUACUCUACGAGCCGACGUUCGUCGUCACCCGCGCCGACGUGCACAGCGAGCAGAGCCCGGCGAAGCCGCAGCUUGAUCCCCUACCGCCCUACCCUGAAAACGUCUCGCACUCGAGGCAACCGAGCGAGGACUUCCCACCCCCGCCGUAUCCGUCGAUCCACUCGGUGUCGCACUCGAGGCAGGCCAGCGAGGACUUCCCGCCGCCGCCGCCGCCGAUCGACGAGCCGACUCAUCUCCCGGAGGCGUCCCAUCACGUUCAGCAACGCCCGCAGCAGUUCGAGGCGCAGCAGAUCACCGGCCUGCUGGCCCAGCUGCAGAGCAAGAGGGAGCAGAUCCUGGCCGGUGAGCAGAGCGACGAAAAACGGCCGGAGGAGCAGGAGGAGGAGGAGAAGUCGUCCAGCGAGACGUGGCUGAGGGAGCUGCAAGCGAAGCAGGCGGAGAGGAAGAUGAAGAGGCAGGGAUCCUUGGAUCAGGACGUACCGAAGGCGAGGACCCCGGCGAUUCAAGGGCCGACCAUCGCCCGGAGGACCAGCGACCUGAUGAUGAACAACUUGAGUCAGGGAUACGAGCAGGGUCGCGACGUCACGGACUGCCCACGGGUCGUCUCCUCGGUGAAGGACAUGGCCGCCAGGUUCGAGCAGAUCAAACUGCAACCGGGCCCGAAGUUGGAGGCGGACGUGAAGGUUCAGCUGAAGCAGAACUGUGCGUCUCCGAUGCUGCCGGAUGUCCCGCCGGAGUCGUCGUCGUCGGCGGAGGAGGCGAAGUCGUCGUCCGAGAGCCAGCCGUCGAAGACGGAGCUCCCCCAGUCGAACCCGGAGCCGAACACCUUCGUCGCGAACAGCAGUUCCGGCGUUCAGCCGAGCGGCUUGAACGCGGCGAUACUGUCGAUGUCGCUGACGCUGCCGCACGAGAACGGCCUGCCGGUCGAUUACCCGGAGGACGACAUCAGCGAGGUGGCGAUGCAGAACACCAUUCAGAACACGACGAUCCUGCCGAGCGAGGAGGACAUCGCCCCGAGGAAGGUGAAGCGCCGGAUAGGUAAGAAGAAGAGCGUCUCCUUCUGCGACCAGGUGGUGCUCGUCGCCACGGCGGAGGACGACGAGAAGGACUCGUACAUACCCAACCCCAUCCUGGAGAGGGUCCUGCGCUCCGCGAUGAACAAGCCGGAGACCGCCCAGGUGCUGCGGGAGAUCCGGAGCCUCCAAGAGGCGGAGAUGAAUCGCGAGAACACCGCGACGAAGUUCCAGCAACAGACUCUUCCCUUGAAGAGCGAAGCCGACAGCGUCCCGGCGACGCCCUUCCAGGACCAGCUCAGAAGCGUCAAUCCGAUCGCCGUUCCGGACGCCGUGAAGCCCGCGUUCGGCCGGCAGAACUCGAGCGACUCGGUCGGCUCGUUGAUGGAGAAGAAGCCCUACGAGGGCAAAGACGUCGUCAGGGAGACGUACUCCGGCACGCCGGUGAACGCCCCGAAGCCCUCGUACUCGCCCCAGCAGAUCAGGUACAACAACCAGAACGGCUACUCGCAGUUCGGCCAGCCGGUGUACCCGCAGACGCAGACGUCCCACCCGCGAAACCAGGCCAUCCCCUUGUCGCAAGCGCAGAAACCGGCGAGUCCUUACCCCGCGCAGAUGCACGGCCAGUACAUCCAGAACGGCGGCAUCCAGCAGGCGAAGGUGCUGCCGCAGAAGAACGGCUACCCGAUCGGCUCGUAUUAUCAGCUGGAGCAGCAGCACAAUCAGAUAAACAAGCAGGCCCAGCCGAACGCCCUCGGGCAGAGGAUCCCGACGCACAACGCCAGCCCGAUAACCGUGCAGCAGCAGCAGCAGUUCUCCUAUCCCCCCAACCAGUCGCCCAGCCCGUAUCAGAGUCAAUACUCGCAAAGUUCCUAUCAGGGCCACCCCUACCAAGCCGUCCUCCCGCAGAGCAGAAUCGGCCAGCCCUUACCGCAGUAUCAGCCCCCGCCCAACCCCCCGGCCGCGUCUUACCAGCAAAACACGCAGAACUAUCAACAGAGACUCGACGGGUAUCAGCGGCCACCGCAGAAGGCGGACCAGUCGAACGUCCUCGUCACGUCCGGGCAAAAUUACUCCAAGACCGUGCAAAACGGUCAGAUACAGUCGAACGCGAAGUACCCCGCCUACCAGCACCCCCCGCUUCCCAAGCACUUCGCGAUGUCCAGCGCGAAGGUGGUCCCGAUGAUGACGCAGCCGGCGCAGCCUCCCUUGCAGACGCCGGCGAGCGUCACGGCUGGCGUCAGGGCCUGCGUAACCCCGUGCAACCUCUGCCGGAAGAGGAACGUGCUCGAGCCGACGCUCUACUGCACCGACUGCGACUUUUACAUGUCCCGCUUCCGGGCGGGCAACAAGGCGACCUGAACCGGUCUCUCCUCUCGUCGGACGGCUCGCCGGCCUCGCCGAACGCUUCGGCCUUCUUCCACGAACCAGCGGAGGAGGAGGAGUCUUCUUCCCUCGGCGAGUUAACUCGUUACCCUGCCAAGGUCGCACCCGUCGAAAGCCCGAGCCUCGUUCACGUUUCUUAGUCGCGUUUCUAAAAGCGUCGCACGCUCCGGAACGUAACACCGACGAGUGAGAAUCCGAUACUGAGAAGUUUUGUUGCAAACCACAACGUUCGUUUCCCGCAUGCCAGAAACCGGCCUCGCACGCAGCCCGUGGAACUCUUGGAGUCGGUAAAAAAGUCUUAGACUACCUAAGACCGAUAUGGACUGCGGAGAUUUCGGAAAGAUGUCUCGAUGACAUUCAAAGGAUGUCUCUCAUGUUUUCUCCGAUAUCUUUCAGGCGUCUUUAAGACGCUUUUCAGAAACUCGCGCUGUUUGGUCAGUGUUUCGUUAGUUUCUCGGACGACAUUCGACGGAAGCGUCCGGACUUAACGUUCUUUCGUCUUACUUUGUACAAAUAUAUCAGGCAGCAUCCCCGUUCGAAGGCCCUCAUCGUGCAACUACCGGACACACCCGCUCGUAUAAUACUAUCGGUAUAGUAUUAUUUUCUAUAACUUAUGUUAAGUUGUGUGUAGAUAAGCCCGUACUUUUUACAU